CAAGAGUUCUACUUUGCCAUCCAAGAGUCCUGAAAGGAGCCGAUACUUCCGCCAUCCAGAGCCAUGACUGCUGCAACCCGCAAAAAAGCAUUGAGAUUUCUCUCUCAGUUUGGAGCCUUUAUUCUGACCCGAUUCGGGUUCUGGAACUGUUUCAGUAUGUUGAUGCUGUUUGCGGAGCGGGCAGAUGUGAAAAGGAAGCCAGAUAUCCAGGUGCCAUACCUGUACAUAGAUAUGGGAGCUGCAGUGUUGUGUGCCAGCUUCAUGUCAUUUGGGGUGAAGAGAAGAUGGUUUGCCCUGGCUGCUGCCAUUCACAUGGCCCUGAGCACAUAUGUGUCCUAUGUCGGUGGACAGGUCCAUUAUGAUGACUGGUUAAAGGUGAGAAUGUACUCCAGAGCAAUGGCCAUCAUUGGAGGGUUUCUGGUGUUGGCUAGUGGAGCGGGAGAGGUUUAUAGACAGAAACCUCGCACACGCUCCCUGCAGUCUACUGGACAGGUCUUCCUAGGCAUCUACUUGAUAUGUAUGGUGUACUUGCUACAGCACAGUAAGGAAGACAGGCUUGCCUACCUGGACCACAUUCCUGGUGGAGAAAUCACUGUCCAGCUCCUGGUGGUUGUGUUUGGAGUUCUAGCACUUGCCUACCUUUCUGGCUGCUACGUGCACGUGGCCUCCCAGAUCCUGGCAGUUCUGUUACCUUUGGUUGUGCUAUUCAUUGAUGGCAACAUCGGCUAUUGGCACCGAACCCGCCGUGUGGAGUUCUGGAACCAGAUGAAGCUCAUUGGGCAGAAUGUGGGCAUCUUUGGAGCGGUGCUUAUUCUAGCCACAGACAGCUAAAGACAACAUCUCUGUGGCAGGCAGUGCUUUAGGACAAACUGGAGAGAUCGAGCAUGUGUCUCAGGGGAUCAUUUGAUGAUAUUAAAGAGAUUAUUGGCCAGGCACUGACAGAGGUUGAAUAAGUACACUCAAAAGUACAGCGGAUACAAUUCUCAGCUUGCUCGGCCAUGUGACUCAUUCACCUUUGGAAUUACUGAUGGCAAAUGUGAAGUCUUCAAAACACUGUUUACAUUUCACUUGUGUUCUUUUUCUAAUGGUUUAUGUAAAUUUUUAAGAAAACCAAUGUAUGUCUCAAAAUAAUGUUAAAGUUGAAUGAUAGAUUAUGGGCAGUUUAGAAAAAUACUAUGGUCAAAAAGUAAUGUAUAAGGGAUUUCCCCCCACAUCUUAUAGGCAGUUAAAAUAGCCCUGCAUUUUACUGCUUAAAUUCAUUCUGAAUUCCUUAAAUUACUUAAUAUUGAAAAAUAUUUAAAUAUUAAUGUCAAUUAAACAAUAAUUUUCUACAGACCUCUGGUAUAUCCUACAUUU